AUCAAACCAGCUUUCCCUCUCCUGCACCCUCAACGUCAAUAACAAAAUCUUGAAUAUCCUGAGCCACAGAGUGACACGUUCCUCUUUGGGAACAUGUCUUCUUCUGCAGAAUCGAAAAUGGCACUUGCCAAGACCGUCUUAUCUACAGUAGGCUCUGUUGCUGCAACAACCAUGGUUGUUCGGACCGUUGCAAAUGAGUUGCUGCCGCCAGAAUUGUAUGAUUAUCUCUUCUUUGGCCUCAAAAACCUCUUCAGCAGGUUCUCAAAUCAGCUAACAAUGGUAAUUGACGAAUUUGAUGGCUUGGUCAACAAUGAAAUCUACGAAGCAGCUGAAAUGUACUUGGGUAACAAGUUGUCAACCAACACCAGGCGAGUCAAAAUCAGCAAGCCUGAGAAGGAGAAACAAUUCAACAUAACAUUGGAACGCGACGAGGAGGUGACAGAUGUUUACAGUGGGCAGAAAUUCCAGUGGGUUUGGCUUAGCAAAAAAGUAGAGUCCAAAGACUUUUAUAAUCCCAGAAGCAUGAAUUCCACUUUAAGAUCUGAGGUCAGAUCCUUUGAGCUCACAUUUCACAAGAAAAACAAGGACCUUGUCCUUAAUUCAUACUUGCCUUACAUCAUAGAAGAAGCAAAACUGAAAAAACUUGAGAACAGGGCAAUCAAGAUUCACACUGUGGAUUACCAAAGCAUUUAUAAUUUACAUGAUAUAUGGGAGGCGAUUAAUCUUGAUCACCCGGCAACUUUUGAGACUCUGGCAAUGGACUCAGAGCUGAAAGACAAAAUUGUAAAGGAUUUAGACAGAUUUGUGAAGAGAAAAGAUUAUUAUAGGAAAGUAGGCAAAGCGUGGAAAAGAGGGUACUUGAUGUAUGGCCCUCCAGGGACAGGAAAAUCCAGUUUGGUUGCCGCCAUGGCUAAUUAUUUGAACUUUGAUAUAUAUGAUUUGGAGUUGACUGAGGUGAUGAGAAACUCUGAUUUAAGACGGCUGCUUGUGGCCACGGCUAACAAGUCCAUCUUGGUGGUCGAAGACAUUGACUGUACCAUUGAUUUGCAAAAUAAUUUGGCUAAUCGAACAAAUGAUUCUCCUCCAGAUGGUUCUAAUCAACAAGAAACCAAGGUGACAUUAUCUGGUUUGUUGAAUUUCAUCGAUGGAUUAUGGUCGAGCUGUGGUGACGAAAGGAUCAUAAUUUUCACAACAAAUCACAUAGAAAAGCUUGACCCUGCAUUGUUAAGGCCUGGCAGGAUGGACAUGCACAUUCACUUGUCAUAUUGCACUCCCAGUGGCUUCAGGCUUCUUGCUGCUAAUUACCUGGAAACUAGAGAGCACAAAUUGUUCAAACAAAUUGAAGAGCUCAUAGAAACUGCAAUGGUGACGCCAGCCGAAGUGGCUGAGCAGCUGUUGAAGGAAGAUGAGGUUGAUGUUUCACUUAAUGGCUUAAUUAGUUUUCUACACGUAAAGAUUAAGGAAAAGGAAGAAGCCAAGUCUAAGAAAGUAGAGGCAACAGAAUUGGAGACAAAUCAGAAGAAGGAAAGUGAUGAAAAAGGAAUUGAAGAGAACUUAGAAGAAAAAAAGAUUACUAAAUAAGGACGUUAAAGCCACAAAGAGAGUUGGCUCUACCUAACAUGUCACUGUUUGGAUAAUACGUAGCAAGAUUUUG